GAAAACAAUUUUAAAGCUGUGCUUGAAACGAUUCGUGACUUGAUGCAAAGUGAAUUGGUUGUACCAGAUUGGUUGCAUAAUAUUUUCCUGGGUUAUGGUCUUCCUGGUAGUGCUCAUUAUACUAUGAUGAAAAACCUACCAAAAGAAAUUGACUUUAGAGAUACUUUUUUGGAUUAUGAUCACCUUGUCGAUAGUUUUCCUGGAAAAAAAAUAGUUCCAAUGAAGGAUUUUGAAGCACCAUUUUCUUCUCCUUAUGUUCUUCAAUUUCCUGAAUCUUCUAAGAGCAAUGAAGAUACGACCAUAGUACGUACAUACAGUAUACCAAAUAUGGGACCUUACCCUUUCAAUCUACCGAAGAAAAAUACAAUAAGGUUCACUCCAGUUCAGGUGGAAGCUAUUAAGUCAGGAACAAACCCAGGAUUAACAUUAAUUGUUGGCCCACCGGGUACCGGCAAAACAGAUGUAGCUGUUCAAAUUAUCGCCAACCUUUACCACAAUUUUCCUGAUCAGCAUACUUUACUGGUUACUCAUAGCAAUCAAGCUUUGAAUCAAUUGUUUGAAAAGAUAAUGGCACUUG